CAUCAGGGCAAGCUCGCGGGAAUUUGAGCCCUGUCGAAAAUUUGGCAUUUUGAUGGGGUGUCAAAUAUAUUUGAAACUGAGUUGAUUAUACUGUUUUGAAUGUAGGCAUGGCUGAAUUUCACCAAGAUAUUGUUUAUCGAAAGUAUAGGAAUAAUGUGAGUUGGUCCAUGGCAAAUGACGAUUCCGCCCUGGUGAAGGCAUAUGAGGAUGCACUGAAAUCUUUUCGGGAAUCAAACGGUGAAGAACAAGUCGGGGAGAGGGAGGAUCACAAGAAAGAGCAGUGGAAAUCCGGCAGAGAACAGAAGCAAACAGAUGAAGGGAGGCCAGAGAGACAGCAGUGGGCAGUAGGCUCUCGGUGUCGCGCUGUGUGGUCAGAGGAUGGGCUGCUCUACCCUGCCGCGCUGGUCUCGGUGGAGGGGGACCGCGGCAGAGUGAGGUUUGAUGGCUACGGAAAUGAGGAAGAUGUAGACCUGAGUGCCCUUCUGCCUGAACAGUGGGAGCAGCCCUGGAGAGAGAAGCAGCAGUGGGUGUUGGGGAGCCGAUGCCGUGCGGUGUGGUCGGAGGACGGGCUAGUGUACCCAGCGGUGCUGGUGUGGAAGAAGGGGGAACGUGGCCGGGUGCAGUUCGAAGGGUACGGGAAUGAGGAGGAGGUAGAGCUGAGCGCCCUGCUGCCACCAGAUGAACAGGAGUGGAGAACCAAGGUUGCUGUUGAGGAGUCAGUUAACAGCAGCAGCAGCAGCUCAGAUUGGAGGAAGAUGGAGAAGAAGAAGCACUACACCAGAAAGGAGGAUGCUACCAUCACACUCUCAUCAGGCCACCCAGCUGGGGGUGAAGUCAGCAGCUGCAGUGACCCUGGGAAAGAACAGAAGGAGAGGAAGAAUACAAGCAGUGGGAAAGAAGGGAAGGAGGGCAUUUUCCUUCCAUCCAGUGGUCCCUUUCUGUUCCUCCCCCCGGAGUCUCCUCCCCCUGACAGCGCCACGGGUAUCCAGCCUCUCCCUCUUCUACCUCCACCCCCACCACCGUGCGUGUGGCCCCCAAAAGGGGGGGAUGAAGAUGAUGGGGAUGGGCUGGACUCAGAUAUGGCUGCUCUCUCCAGCAUGCUGUUGUCCUGGUACCUUUGUGGAUACCACACUGGCUGCUACAUGGCAAUGCAGCAAGCAAAAGCAGAUCAUGAAAGGACAGACCCAGAGAAGCACAGGGUCAACUACAAGUAUGGGAGGUGCACACAGUAGGAAACUGACUCUGCUGUAUGUGAUGACGUGGCAACAGCACGUCAUAUGUCAACAGGGGGAGCUCUGAAGACUGCUACUAAAUAGGACCCAUCUUCUGUAUUACUCUUCAGUCAGCUCUGAAGGGAAGAAGAGAGAGAUGGUUGGGGCUUAAGAAAGACUGUUGGUCCUCUGCACCAGAGAGAAUUCAGAGCUAUGAGUUCACUGGGACCUCAGUCAUUGAGGUUCCCUCAUACAAAGGUCAUCUUGGUUUGUGUUUGGAGAAAUUUGCAGAAGAGAGAAAAGUUUUGGAGAGGAUCCAGAAAAAAACCCUGACUGGAAUGUGUUGUACUCCUCCCUCCAAACAGUUUUUAUACAAAUCUCCAGGACACUGCACUUUAGGAUGGCAGAUCUUACAUUAUCAAUGCGUGGCACUCUCUCUGUAUAUAUGUACACUGUUGAAUACCAGAUGUUCAUAAGCCUGUGGGAGAAAAUGGCUUUUCAACCUUUUGCACUUUAUAAGCCAAAGGUCAUUGUGUAGUUGCCUCUCCUGAAAAACAAAGCAAAUUGUAUGGUUUCAUGAAAUUAAACAAAAUGGAAAGUUCUAGAGAUAUUUCCAAUCGAUCCGUUUUUCCAGCUCUGAA